AUGUUAUUCUUGCUUUUCGAUCAGUCCCGGCAUGAUCGUACGGCUGAAAUUGACACAAGCCGUUUUUAUGCGUCUUUUAAUUUUACAAUCGUAUGGGUGGCAUUGAUUCUGACCGACGCGCGAAGGCAGAAGGACGAUCAGCUACAGGGAACGACAGAAACGAUGCUUUCUCUCAAACAAAGCAAUAAGUAUUUGAUUGGAUCGUAA